CCAAAGUCCUGGAUAUAUCAUGAUCGCAUAACAUUUCGUUCCCUUGCUCUUGUAGUCGUUAGUGACACUUGCUUCUCGUCAUGCCGAUACUGGAAAUCGAUUGGAACGACCGCACCUCGAUCGUGGGUGCGGUGCUGGUGGCAUAUGCUGUGUACUGGGUUUUCGACGUUGUAUACCUCCUCUGUUUCCACCCGCUGGCGAAGUUCCCGGGACCGAGGCUCCCGGUGAUAACGGCGUGGUAUACAUUCUACUAUGAUGUUGUAAGGCCUGGCAGGAUGAUGUGGGAGAUUGAGAAAUGGCAUAGGAAAUAUGGCCCCAUUAUUCGGAUUAACGCAGACGAGAUCCACAUCAAGGACUCGCAUUUCUACGAGACCUUGUAUGCUCCCAAGGGUAGGAAAGCCGAUAGAUGGGCUCGGUUGAGUACCAUGGUCGGAAGCCCAGAGAGCGUGUUCGCGGCUUCGGACUCGAAGACCCAUAAAGAGCGCCGAACCCCUUUGAACCCAUUCUUUUCAAGAAGCACCGUUUCCAAGCUGGAGCCAGUUUUGCAGGAGAAGGUCUCGAAGCUUGCUACUCGACUGAAGGAGUUCCCAGACCCAAAAGGCGUCGUACGACUGGAUGUAGCCUUUUUCGCGCUCACUCAGGACGUCAUCUGCGAUUAUUCGUUCGCAAAGGACUGGAAGCACCUCGAUCAUACCCAUUUCAAUCCCGAAAAUAAGGACUCGCAGACCGAAAGCUUGGAGUCAAUAGGGUUCAUUAGACUCUUCCCAAUGUUACCAAUAUACCUGCAAGAGUUGCCUCGAUGGGCCGCUGCCUUGGUUAGUCCGGCUUUCGCGAUGCUUUUGGAUUCCAAACUCGCUAUUCGAAAGGAGAUCAUCAAAAUUAUGGAAGGGAAAGUUGAAAAGGAGAGCAAGAGUGACAGAACCGUCUUCGAUGCAUUAAUCAACAGCGACCUUCCACCAGAGCAAAAGUCUUUGAAUCGACUGAACGCGGAUGGUAAUGUGUUGAUUAUAGCGGGCACAGACACGACGGCCAGAGCUUUGUCGUCCAUUCUCUUUUAUCUUUUGAAGGACAAGGAAAUGUACGCUAAGCUCAAGGCCGCUCUGAUGGAGGUGAUGCCAGACCCGAACAAUGUGCCCCCCUGGGUCGAGUUGGAGAAAAUUCCGUACCUGUACGGUUGCAUGCGCGAAGGAUUGAGGCUCUCACAUGGUUUGACCAGUCGGCAACCUCGUGUAUCCGAUCAACCGAUCAAGUACCAAGACUGGGAAAUCCCACCGAAUACCCCCGUAUCGGAGUCUGCGUACUUCGUUCUCUCCGACCCGGAGAUCUUCCCAGAGCCGGAGAAAUUCAUUCCAGAACGGUGGAUGGGGACAGCAGCACAGAGGUCGAAUCUCGAGAGAUACAUGGUGAGCUGGGGCAAAGGCACCCAACAAUGCAUUGGGAUGCACCUCGCCACUGCGGAAAUCGUGCUUGCUACCGCGGUCAUUGUCAGGAGGUUCGAGAUGGAGCUCUAUCAGACUACAUUAGAGGAUGUGCAAGUGCACCACGAUGCCUUUGUGGCUGCUGUGGUUCCAUGGUCGAGGGGUAUUCGCGCGGUGUUGACCGAAAGUGUUUGA